CACGUCAAAAGUUUCAUGCACUUUAAAAAAUAUGGCAGAUGCUGAGUUGUCCAAAGCCCUUCGCGAUUUACCUAAUCGUGUACUCAAUGUCCCAGUCGAAGAGAGGCAUGUGCUGUUUCAAAAUGUUUCAGGAGUUUUAACAAAUUCGGGAAUAAACUCAACAAUUAUCCGAGGAAUUUGUAAAGUAAUUGGAACGACUUUAGUUAAGUACAAGGAUCCGCCUUCGCAGCUGCUGGUUCGUAAUUUGAUUGUGGAUCUCUUAAAAGUCCAUUCCGAUUUGGCUUUUGAGCAUUUAAAUGGAGUAUUUAAGACCCUAGUUACUAAGGAGCUUAUUAGUGCACCACCAGCAAAGGCGGCAAAAGCUGCAGUCAUUGCUUUGGGAUGGACAGCAUUAGUUCUGAAAAACGCUGACCCGAAGUCCAAUGCUACUAAAACAGAGCUGCCAAAACUGCUUGAGUAUCAGUCGCUAUUAUAUCAAAUGACUUUACUUUCAGUUAACAUAAGAGUAACUGAAUUAUCAGAUAAGAUACUCUUUGAUCUAUGGUCGGAAAAUGAUGAACUGUUCGAUAAAAAUCUGAAGUUUUUCCUCGAAAAAGAACCUGCUAGUAAUGUUAUCGUAUUUCUCAUGCUACUUACAAGAUAUCGAGAGCAACGACACGAUGACAAAGAUUUUAUGCAAAAGCAUAAAAAUAAAAUGAUGGAUCAUUUUGUUAAAGGAAUAAUUACUGUUAAAGUAAAGCCCAAUCUCAAUUUUAUUAUUGCAUGUCGUCCUCUUUUGAAAUCUGUGAAAAAAGAUGAAUUUGAAGCAGUUAUUUAUCCUGCAUUGCAAAGAUCAAUGUUGAGAAGUCCAGAAAUCGUUCUUCAAGGAGUUGGAAUAAUUGUUCAAGAAAUAGAUUUAGAAUUUAGUGAAUAUGCCGUAAAUUUAGGAAAACCACUGAUGCAAAAUCUUUAUUCUAAAGAUGACAAUGCUCGUUUGGAAUCGGUAGAGUCAUUGAAACUAUUGGCAAGGAAGUGCUCAAAGGUCAAGGCCAUUGAAGACAUGCUGAAGAACAUGUUUGCCAUAUUGAAUGGCGCUGAUGGAAAAAUCACUGUAGCUGAAUACCGUAUGAACAUAUUGCAGGGGGCAGGAAAUUUGAGCUUCAACAAUAUUCCACAGAAUGUGAUCAACCCAAUCAUGGAUACGGUUACUGAGCUCUUUGGCAAAGCACUAGAAAGUGAAAUACAAGAGAAAGUUCUUUGCCAUACAUUGGAAAUGUUUAGCCUCUGGGCCAUUAAUUUCAGUGGAGAAUUACCAAAAAGGGUCACUGAUAUCUUUAAAAAAGGACUUGAACUUAAAUCCACCACACAAUCUGUGAGAGUUGCCUAUUUGCAAUGGCUUUUGGCUGCCCUUCAUAACAGCAAACUAAGUAAAGAUGUUGAUUUCACACCACUACUUUUGAAAGCUGUCGAAAAAGCAAAUCAAAAUCCUACCCAGAUUCCAGUAGUAGCUGAAGCCGUAUGCGCUACAUGUCUUAUUUUGAAAAAUGACCCAGUUGUUGGUGAUUCAAAAUUAAAUUCUUUCUGGAAUGUAGUUUUGGAUAUGCAGAAACAGGUUUUCCUUUCUGAUCGUUUUCUUGCUUCGGCACCUAGCGACACAUUAUGUUACAUUACACUUAUGGCUGAAAAACUUCUGACCGAACAUUUUAGUAAGAUCAAGGGUCCUGCUGAUCCACUUUAUAAGGCUAUUGUUUAUAGCAUAACAUCGACAUCGGCGAAAGUAAGAAACUAUUGCUUGGACGUUAUACCAAAGAUCUUAAGGCAUGCGGACGGAGUAACUUAUGCUAAAUUGAUUUUGGCCGAAUUAAAGAACUACAUCGAAAAUGCUAAAAUUCAAUAUGAUGGAGAAUCUGGUGAGGAAGCUAAUUCCAUUCCAUCUUAUGCAUUUGUCGAUGCUAUUCAAAAACUAUGCGAAUUUGAAAACAUUUCUUGUGCAGACAGUCAAGUUCUAGCAACGCAACUGCUGUUGUGCUGCCAUCAUUCUGCAGUCACUUCAAAUGAUCCUGAACUUUGGGAGAAUAUCCUUAAGUUUAAUUUUGAAUUAGAUCCAAAGUCAUUUAUUUCGUUGAAUGUGAAGCAAAUAAACGAUAUACUAAUCGAUGAUUUCAAGGCUAACAAGAUGUAUGAAAAUGCUGUUGCGUCCAUUACUCGCUUGAGCCCUGAUGUUGUGUUGCCAAUACUUAUAAGUAAAGUCACUUCGGAUCUUAACGAUGCUAAUAUGUCAAAUGUUACCGACGAUGAGUAUUUUACGUAUUUAACACCUGAUGGAGAACUUUACGACAAGAGUGUGAUUCCAAACAACGAUGAUAUUUAUGCCACAGCUGGCCUCAAGCGUGAGAAUAAAGUAUACAGCUACAAAGAGCAGUUAGAGGAACUCCAACUUCGUCGUGAAAUCGAAGAAAAACGGCAAAAGGAAGGUAAAGCUAAACCACCGCAGCUGACUGCAAAACAACAAGAAGCCAUCAAAAAUCAAACGGAAAAAGAGAAAGCUAUCAAAGAAAGAUUACGCGUUUUGAACUCCAAAUUAACAAAGAUGGUUUCAAUUUUGCAUGCAGCAUGCAAUGGCAAUGGUAAGCAAGUAUCGCUUCAUUUCUCUAAGUUGCUCGGUUCAAUUUUGAGAGUUUUACAAUCACCAUUAGCUGCUGCUCCCCUCACAGAACUCUAUUUCAACCUAAGGUUGACAUGUUUUGAAAACGACCAACAAGAUCUGUGUAAUUCGAUUGCAAUUGCCACCUUACGUUUAUCUAAGCCACAUUGUGAUCUCAAAGAUGACUGGACAAAGCAGGAACUUAAUGAAGUUGUUGAGGAAACUCUUAAAAAACUUAACAAAGCUACCGUUGCACAAAUAAAUGAAGUCUGUAUGGAAGAUAUGGACGAUGAAAAUCCUCUAUUAAACGCAACAGCUUUUUGUUACGCUUUUGAGUUUCUAAAGAGAGCAUUGGUUACUAAGCUAAUAUCUAAGAACGAAGACCUUCUCUUGAUGGGCAUUAAGAUCAUUGAAAAACAUGCCCAGAUCAGAGGUGACACUGUGAAUGGUGAACUGUCUGACUAUAGACAUCCAAAGUUCAUGCCACGACUAGAAAUGUUCCGUCUAUUACUGCAAUUAAUAAGCACUCAUCGAGGUCGUACACAAACUCAGGCAGUAGCAGCAUUGUUGGAAGUGGCAUCCACCAGCAGCGGAGAAGAUUUCUGCGCCUCAGCUGGAAAGGAAGAGAUUGAUUUGUUUCUGUCUGCCCUUCAAAGUUCAUUGGAGGCAUCAAGGGAUGUUGCUUUACGAGCACUGUCUAUCAUGGUUAAGGCUUUACCAACAGUUGAGCAAAACUAUGACUUAAAUCUUCGAAUUACUCGUCGUUUUUGGGUAGCAAAAUAUGACAUGUCUGAGGAGAAUCGAGUGUUAGCUAAUGAACUGUGGGAGAAGGCCGAACUUGAACUUCCAAAAGUAAUGUGUGAAGAACUAAUGGGAGAUGUUAUUCAUCCAGAAUUUUGUAUCCAAAAAGCCGCAGCUGCGGCAUUUGUUCCAAUCUUAAAAGAAGACCCAACACUUGUACAAAAGGUUUUAUCGCAAUUGCUAGCGAUUUAUCACGACAAGCUUACCAUGAUUCCUCCAAAAUUGGAUCAAUUCAAUAGAGAGAUUGAACCUGCUAUUGAUCAAUGGGGUCCGAGAAGAGGAGUGGCAAUUGCUAUAUCGCAGAUUGCGCAGUUUUUCACUCUGGAUGACGUGAACAAUGUUAUGCAGUUCAUGGUGUCGCAUGGGCUUGGAGAUCGAGAAGAAAUCGUUCAUAAGGAAAUGUUAGCGGCUUCAUUAACUAUUGUUGAUCUUCACGGUAAAGAAACUAUCGUUGAUCUGCUGCCAGUGUUUGAAGACUUCCUUGAUAAGGCGCCCAAAUCACAGAGCUUUGAUAAUAUUCGCCAAGCUGUUGUGAUUCUUAUGGGAUCUCUGGCGAGGCAUUUAGAUAAGGAUGACAAGAGAAUUGAACCGAUCGUGAAACGUUUGCUAGCGGCGCUUUCAACUCCAUCUCAGCAAGUGCAGGAAGCUGUUGCUAAUUGUCUGCCGCAUUUGAUGCCAUCUAUUAAAGAUGAAGCACCGAUGAUGGUGAAACGAUUGCUCCAACAGUUGGUUAAGUCGGACAAAUAUGGUGAACGUCGUGGAGCUGCAUAUGGAAUAGCAGGUAUCGUUAAAGGACUGACAAUACUUGCGCUCAAGCAGUUAGACAUAAUGUCGAAACUGACGACUUACAUUCAAGAAAAGAAGAACUACAAGUCACGUGAAGGCGCCCUGUUUGCCUUUGAAGUGCUCUGUACAACUUUGGGGCGUUUGUUUGAGCCCUAUAUCGUUCAUGUGUUGCCGCAUUUGUUGCAAUGCUUUGGUGAUUCUUCACAGUAUGUGCGACAAGCAGCUGAUGAUACUGCCAAGGUAGUCAUGGGAAAAUUAUCGGCACAUGGAGUUAAAUUGGUCCUUCCGUCGUUGCUGGAUGCUCUUGAUGAAGAUUCAUGGCGUACAAAAACAGCAUCAGUAGAGCUUCUUGGUGCGAUGGCUUUCUGUGCUCCGAAACAACUUUCUUCUUGUCUACCCAGCAUUGUGCCUAAAUUAAUUGAAGUUCUCGGGGAUUCGCACACUAAAGUUCAAGAGGCUGGAGCUGAUGCAUUAAAAGUGAUAGGUUCCGUCAUCAAGAAUCCCGAAAUUCAGGCUAUAGUCCCCGUGUUGUUGAAAGCGCUAGAAGAUCCAUCAAAGAACACAUCAGUUUGCUUACAUAGUUUACUUCAGACUAAGUUUGUCCAUUUCAUUGAUGCUCCAUCGUUAGCGUUGAUUAUGCCGGUCGUACAACGAGCUUUCAUGGAUCGUUCGACGGAAACAAGAAAAAUGGCAGCUCAAAUCAUUGGCAAUAUGUAUUCCUUGACUGAUCAGAAGGAUCUAACACCGUACUUGCCAAAUAUCAUCCCCGGAUUAAAGAUGUCCCUACUUGAUCCGGUGCCAGAGGUUCGUGCGGUAUCAGCAAGAGCUUUGGGUGCCAUGGUUCGAGGAAUGGGCGAGUCGUCGUUUGAGGACCUUUUGCCAUGGUUGAUGCAGACGCUGACAUCUGAAUCGAGCAGUGUGGAUAGAAGUGGAGCAGCUCAAGGUCUCUCAGAGGUUGUUGGUGGACUAGGUGUUGAGAAGCUUCAUAAGCUGAUGCCUGAAAUAAUUGCUACCGCAGAAAGAACAGACAUUGCUCCACAUGUAAAAGACGGCUACAUAAUGAUGUUCAUCUAUAUGCCAGGAGCAUUCCCUAAAGAGUUCACCCCAUAUAUUGGGCAGAUCAUUACACCAAUUCUGAAGGCACUUGCCGAUGAGAACGAAUAUGUACGUGACACUGCUUUAAAGGCGGGUCAGAGAAUUGUUAAUUUGUAUGCUGAAUCCGCUGUCACACUACUCUUGCCGGAACUAGAAAAGGGGCUUUUCGACGACAAUUGGCGAAUUCGUUUCAGCUCAGUUCAACUUCUAGGAGAUUUGCUUUAUCGUAUAUCUGGAGUAUCUGGUAAAAUGACCACAGAAACAGCAAGCGAAGAUGAUAACUUUGGAACGGAGCAGUCACAUACCGCAAUCAUAAGAUUCCUUGGAGCUGAACGUCGUAACAGAGUCCUAGCUGGACUAUAUAUGGGUCGUAGUGAUGUUUCAUUAAUGGUGCGACAAGCUGCUUUACACGUGUGGAAGGUUGUAGUUACGAAUACACCUCGUACACUGCGUGAAAUUCUUCCUACCCUAUUCAGUCUUCUGUUGGGUUGUUUGGCAAGUACUAGUUAUGAUAAACGUCAAGUAGCAGCACGUACAUUGGGUGAUCUUGUAAGGAAAUUAGGAGAACGAGUACUUCCUGAAAUAAUUCCUAUUCUUGAGCGUGGUUUGAACUCUGAUCAGGCUGAUCAGCGACAAGGUGUGUGCAUUGGACUGUCGGAGAUUAUGGCUUCCACCUCCAAGGAUAUGGUUUUAACUUUUGUCAACAGUCUAGUACCUACUGUCCGCAAGGCUUUAUCAGAUCCAUUGCCUGAAGUACGUGAAGCGGCUGCUAAAACAUUUGAUUCCUUACAUUCCACCGUUGGUUCUCGAGCCCUAGAUGACAUUCUGCCUUCCAUGUUGGAAGGCCUUUCCGAUCCAGAUCCAGAGAUAGCUGAAAAUACCUUGGACGGUUUGCGACAAGUUAUGUCAAUAAAAUCAAGAGUAGUUUUGCCAUACUUAGUCCCUCAGCUUACAGCCCCGCCAGUUAAUACUAAGGCUUUGUCAAUUCUAGUUUCCGUUGCAGGCGAUGCACUAACCAAAUAUCUACCAAAAAUUCUCUCCGCACUAUUACAAGCUUUGUCGAAUGCGCAAGGAACGUCAGAUGAAAUGCAGGAGUUAGAAUACUGCCAAGCUGUUAUACUCUCGGUAAGUGAUGAAGCUGGUAUUCGGACCAUCAUGGAUACUCUGAUGACUUCUGCCAAAUCAGAGAGCCUUCCCACACGAAAAUCUGCUGCUAGUCUUCUUUCAGCUUUCUGCACUCAUUCGCCCGGCGACUACUCUCAAUAUGUUCCCCAACUAUUACGUUGCCUAUUGCGGUUGUUGGCCGAGCAAGAUAGAGAUAUUUUGCAGCGGUCAUGGGAUGCUCUCAAUGCGGUCAUUAAGGGUUUGGACUCAGCUCAACAAAUUGCUCACGUAUCAGAUGUCCGUCAAGCUGUGAGGUUUGCCGCGAGUGACCUCAAAGGAUCUGAACUACCUGGAUUCUGUUUGCCAAAGGGUAUUUCACCUCUUUUGCCAGUAUUCCGCGAGGCUAUUUUAAACGGUCUGCCUGAGGAGAAAGAAAACGCAGCUCAGGGCUUAGGAGAAAUCAUUGCUCUCACCAGUGCUCCGUCUUUGCAGCCAUCUGUCGUACAUAUCACAGGACCUUUGAUCCGUAUUUUGGGUGACCGUUUCAACGCUAGUGUAAAAGCUGCAGUUCUCGAAACUCUGGCAAUACUUCUUAACAAAGUGGGAGUUAUGUUAAAGCAGUUCCUGCCACAACUACAAACAACAUUCUUGAAGGCUCUGCACGAUCAAAACAGAACAGUGCGAAUGAAGGCUGGUCAAGCGUUGGCCGAACUGGUUGUAAUUCAUACUCGAGCUGAUCCCCUCUUUACUGAAAUGCACAAUGGUUUGAAAAAUACCGAUGACUCUGGCAUUCGUGAAACCAUGUUACAAGCUUUACGUGGCAUAAUCACUCCAGCUGGUGAAAAAAUGACUGAACCGCUUCGAAAACAGGUUUACGCUACUUUAAUAUCCAUGUUGGGUUAUCCGGAAGAUGUAACGCGUAGUGCAGUUGGUGGGUGUCUUGGUGCUCUUUGCAAAUAUCUUUCGCCCGAGCAACUUGAUGAUGUUCUCAAGAAUAAUGUUUUGAACGAUGACUGUGGUGAUGACUGGGAGCUACGACAUGGACGAACAGUGGUCCUUUUUGUAGCUCUUAAGGAAAGCGCCGCCACGAUUUACACUCCAACCUACGAAACCAAGAUAGCUAAAACAAUAGUUUCAAGCAUUGCGUCAGAUAAGGUGACUAUUGCGUGCAAUGGCGUCCGAGCAUCUGCAUAUCUCCUACAAUACUGUAUGAAUGAGCAUCUACCAGUACCACAAGCUAUAGUCACACCAUUCAUCCGAGCUAUGAAUCACAAUAGUAACGAAGUCAAGCAACUAGUAGCAAAAAGUUGCACACACUUGGCUAAAGUGGUAACACCAGAAAAUACAACUCCUGAAUUACUGAAACCACUCAUCCCAAUGUUGGUUAAUGGUACCAAAGAAAAAAAUGGUUACGUCAAAUCAAACUCCGAAAUCGCCCUCGUUGCUAUCCUUCGAUUGAGAGAUGGUGAAGAAGUGUAUCAGAAAUGCAUCCAACUACUUGAAUCUGGUGCCCGUGAUUCAUUAAGUGAAGUUGUCAGUAAGGUAUUGCGCAAAGUAAUCAUCCAACCAAUUGGAAAAGAAGAAGAACUCGAUGAUACUUUACUAUCUUGAUUGCCAAUACCGAAGAAAACUGUAUCAUCAUAUGUUGGUUAUUGCAAUCAACGCAAACAAUUAACAAUAUCUAUGAUUUAUCACACCAAUUGCUUCUUUAACGUUUUGUUGUUUUUGCAAAAUGAAUGCUGUUAUGUCUCCACUUUCGUCACGCUUGAAUCAUUUAUAAAUAAAAUAUCGCCCUACCCCACCAUUAACACCACUACUCUAAAUUGCUCUGUUAUGAGUUUUGUACGAAUGAGUUGGCUAACGAAUCAAGUUUAUAAAUACGUCUACGGUUAUAUCAGUUACAUUUUAAAUAAUUCUUCUUACUAUAUGUUUUAUAUGUACAUUUUAGACUUCUGUUAUUGUAAUAUUAAUAAUUUUACUUUAAUAUAUGUCUUAUAUAAAAUAUGACAA